UGAGCGUGCAGAAAUUGGAGACGGAAAGUCGCCCGGCUGCGGCCACGUACCGCGAUGCAGUCUCAUCGCACGAUCAACCUGAUUCUGCUAUUCCUCGGAAUGCUAGCGACCAGCCGUGGGCAAACAGCAGGUUUGCAAACAGAUGGGGCCCGGAUUGGAAAACCUGUACUUCAGGACGAGCUGCAAGUAACCGAAGGCGGACCAGAACUUCGUGGGCCACGAUACCAGAGAAGGACCCUGAUUGAUGACCGCAGAAUUCCUUUGCGCCAGUUACAAAUUCGGUCACAGCUCAUCAGAACAGCACUUUUUGAAAAACAGCUGCCUUACAAUCUUAUCGCUAAUCGCGAAGACGACGGAAAUUUCGGCAUUGGAAACCGCUCAAGGAUGCUAUCAAGGAGCGCGCACAUUAGUGACAACUUUAAAAACGCUCGAGGCAUAGCUUUGGGUUCUAGCUGGCAGCCCGUUGGACAUGACCCUCUUCAAACAGAGAUAAGAGCUCGAGUGCGAAGAGAAACACAAAAUACAACUCUACGGCGGCAAAAGCGUUACAUUUGGCCAUUUUUGGCGCUCAGCUGGCUGUAUUUGCCAUAUUUAUACUCAGGACUGUAUGGCUACUCUGCGUUAUAUUCACCAUUUUAUUACAGUUACCCUUACUACACAUACAACUAUGGGUACGGGUAUUAUCCGUACAGGUGGGUCAUUAAUCCAGUCUAUGUGAAUCCUGUCCAACCAACGGGCGCGGCUACGACACCCGCCGCGGCUAGCUGACGGCGUCAUUCCGUUGGUCGUUUUAAUGUCCCAGAAUCGCAAUAAAAAUACGUCUUGAAGAAUGUUAAGUAGACGACGUUCGAUUACUUCCUUUCACUUAGCUUCUAAAUUGUUUCUUUAGAACAGUUGUGUCGUUGUCAAAUCGCUCGAUUCAGUGAAAUAAUAUUAACAAACGGAAGGGAACCAGCAGUUUGCUGCUUCCAAUUCAGUUUCAGAGAACAAUAGGAGAACGCGCAUUUCAAGCACAGCGUAGCAUGCGCACGCACUGUAAAGGAGUUCAGUAUAUAGAUAUGACUACUGCGGUGUUGUGCAAGAGCAGACUUUGCCAUUCCUCGCGAAUGAGUUCAAAUAUGUAAAGCAAUUUUGAGCACUCUGUGGAUAGUGCUCCUGCAUCACGCUAAUUUUGCACUUGCCCACAUUUAUUGUGGUCGGCUUACCUCUGUUUCAAGUCGAGCGAAGAACUGACCAGAUAAUUUUUUUUUCCAGGCUGAGCUUUACCAUUCUUGGCGAGUGAGUUGAAAGAUGUCAAGCUGUCUUGAGCACUAUGCGGAUAGUGCUCCUGCAUUACGCUAAUUUUACACUUGCUCACAUUUAUUGGGGCCCGCUUACCUCUGUUUCAAAUCGAGCGAAGGACAGACCAGACUGUUCUUUCACGCGCCUUGGCACGUGUCUCAACACUGAGAAGAAUGUAGGUGAUGACUUCGGAAAGGGAAGCAAAGCAACUUAUUGACAAUGUAGACACGCACACUAAAAGUAAUUUCGGCACGCACGCGCAGCUGUCGUCUGUGCAAGCACGCUUUGUCACGCGAUUUUUUAGGAGAAAAUCGUAAACUUGACAGAGCAGCCCUAGUGUUCAGACGAAGAUGACCAAACUUAGAUAUGUUCUACUGGCAUGCAUUCUCCUCCAUAUUGGUAAGACCACAGAUUAUUCCUGCUCUCAAUUUUAACUGCAAGCAAAGAGAAAGAAUUUGGGACGGCAGCCGUUUCACCAAACGUGCACAGUGCGUGCUUGGUGAAGCAGGUCUAAUGCUGAAGUGCUGAUCUCGUGAAACGGUGUUUGUUGAUCGAGAUUAUACGUUCUGUGGUCGUUUGCAGUUUCCUCGACCAGUCUUCACCAUAUAUCGAAGCGCACGUAUGGCUAUGGCGGCAGGAUGCGUGGCGGAUACCGUGGUGGCUACGGCGGGUUCGGAGGCUACAGGGGAGUCGGCUCCUACGGCGGCUACCGCAGUGGUGGUUACAGGGGCGUGGGAGGAGGUGGCUACGGUGCAGGACUGAACGCGCUGACCACAGCCCUUUAUGGCAGGGUACUGGAUGGCAUGUACGGUGGUGGCUUCGGCGGAGUUCAGUACAUCUAUGUUCCAGUCUACGUUCCCGUUGACGACGGCACAGUGGUCAUCGUGGAGGAGGGCGGCGGCUUCGACUUCGGCAAUGCUGGUUCGGGUACUAUUGACACGGGAGGCGAGGGAGUUGACUUCGGUGGCACAGGGAACGAAGAGGCGUUGAUGUACCUGAACAGCGGCGACAAAGCGGCCACUCGCGUUAAGCCGGCGAGCAAACCUCUCCGCGUGCGCAUGGGCCGGGAGCGUGUCGUACAGAGGUCUACGGAGCUGGGUCUCGGUAGGACGUACGCAUUGACUCCGCCCAGGAGGAGCCAGCUGCGCAGCCAACAGGGCUAGAGGGCCCACGCCUGCACAAGUCCUCCACUUUCACCUUAGGACAAACAUCCAUAUGCGAAUCGAGAAACUACGUUGCAUGGCUAGCGAAGAAAGUUAUGUACGUGAUCUUAAUGUGUACCAACGCCGUGUAAACAAAAACUUCGUUUUAGGACAUCACGAUAGAUCACUAUAGACGAGACCUGACGAGAUCUCAGAGUGAAUAUUUUGAUUCUAGUGCGCUUGAGUAGGUCCAUACGGUAACACAGGAGAAGCCGUUGCCAGGCAACCUUGAUACGUUUUAUCUCUAAAAUAAAUCUCUGUUGCAGCAUACAUUUUACGAACAUUUUAUAGCCGUUAUUUAGCCCUUUCAGCAGAACACAAGAACGUGCAUUGGGAUUCACAGAGUCGCACUAUAUAGGCAAGAACGUUUUGUUAGCGCGGACGAUUACCAAUAGUGACAGCCGGAGAUGUCAAGGCAACGGCCGAUGGUAAAGAGUGGUGCAUUACUGGACAAUGUCUCUAAGCUGUAAAAUAUAUUAUGCAAGUAGGCUCUCGGCAUGCUAAUUGGUUGAAUGCGCAUGUAUGUUAAUUAUGUGCUUGGGAGCGGAAUGCAGGUGAGGAGCUAUCGAUAUAAGAAGGUUGUUCUGAGUAAACUCGUUCAGCAUUAUUGCAGGUUUACACUCAGUUUGGCUAUGAAAGGAAAAACAAUUAGGGCAAUAGCAUAUGAAAUAGUCAAGCAAUUAGUGAAUAUAGCGUUCUUUUUUUUAAGUGCCACGUUAAUAUGUUUGACUCCGCUUCUUCUUUCCUUAUAUCAUUUUUUUACCGAAAAAUAUAGCUCAUUGCUAAUCUGCAUGGUACGCUUUGAUCUUCACUCUGUCUAAUGCGAUCGAACACUUCAUUAUGACACUGAAAUCUUCAUCUUGGUAAAAUAUUUCCUGUGUUAAUGCUAUAUUCCGUUGCAGCGAAGGCUAGAAUAAGUGUAAAAUAACCGGCCAAAAGACAGUUUACGGGUCUCUUGUUUUCUCCCGGAGAAGUUUAAGUGAAAAAGUUUGAAUCACUAGCAUAUAUUAUUCGGCAACAAUGGGCAAGCAUCCUCCAUUCUUUGAUACCACCCUUUCGAAGUCUGUACAGAGCAAAAUAAAGAACAACAUGGCA